GUUACCCAAAUUCUUCACCAAUCCAAUGCUGCUAAUGCACUGUUCUCUCACCCGCCCCCUCAGUCUGAAAUCCAAAGCAAGAUGGAUUCCGCUACAGAAGAUGCGAAUAGGAUCACUCCCCUGCCGUACGAGAUCCAACUAGGCAUUUUCUGCGAGAUGACGGACAUGAAAUCAGUGAUGUCUCUCGCUCGGGCAUAUCAUCACUGCAAGGCCAUAUUUCGUGCAAACGAAGAACGAAUUGUAAGCACCAUAUAUUUCAGAAAGGCCUACCAAAUUACAGCACGCCUGUCAGGGUUUCAAUCCUCCAAGUUCGUGAAGUUGGCCAUUCUCUCCGUUUGCUACCGAAGUCGUCCUCUGGAUGUCUUAUCUCCUUGGGUGUUGGAUUACAUUUCAAACCUAAGCGACAGAAUGCCUCAGGGAAUAUGCAUGUCGGAAUUUGCGCGGAUAAUUUCUGAUCUUGACCGUCUGUUCACUCCAUUAAAUGACCCAAUGCUCAAUGGAGUGAAUAUUAUAGAUAGGGCUUGGGCUAGAUUCCAGUCGGCGUGGACUCAGACCCCUAAUGAUGACGAACUGAACAACUCACUACUCACACCGAGAGACCUAAAUUUCCUACUACAAGUACGUAUCCACUUUGGGUGUUCUGUCGACCCCUUUGAACCAUGCAACAGAAGCUUCUUGCUUAGACUGGCACGCCUCGAAAGAACCGGAGAUUCUCAUUUGCACGCAAACGAUGCCCGUGAACCCAUUGAGAUUCUCAGAAACCUCUCCCAUUUCGCCAACAAUCUUCAUGAUGUCAGCUAUAAUAUAUUAACACCUAUUAGGGCUCGUUUUCUUCAUAGCUCGAUUGCUAUCAAAAUUGUAUUGCUGGGGAUUCAAAAGUUGUGACUAUGAAUCUAAUUCUAGGCCCAUCUACCUUUCCAUCCUGCUUAUUCUACUUUACUUUGGGGGUUGAAUUCAAUCUUAUGACCUAGUUACAUACUGGAUUCCAAUAGAAAUCAACCCACGAAAAUUUUCAACAGAGUUUACUCAAUAUUGUCACUGAUUCUAUAGGACAAGAUAUGCUAGUGUACCUGCUCCUAUU